AUGUCGACGAAGGAUGCCGAAGAGAUUCUCGACAUUCUCAGCGAGUUUGGAAUUAAUACUUUAAGCGAGGAUGUUUUCCAUGCAAUGAAAAGAGGUGAUCUUAUAGAAUUCACACAAUUUAUUUCCGAAUUACCAAAAAUCACUAAAAAUAACGUUUCGAGAAUCAAGCAACUUACAAAAAUUUUAAGAAAUUGGUCAGGUAAACAAAAUCAAUCUGAUCUGUGGGCUUCACUCCGAGAAAUAGAUGUUCGUCCUGAUUGGAUUGAGUUAAUAUCAUUUUAUUUAUUACAAAGUGGUGAAGAUUUUCUUGCAGAUGGUGUUCAAAUGUAUAUGAUUUUACUUUCAAUGGAACCUGCUCUAUCAAUUUGGAAUCCAAUCCUCUUCAGACCUUUCCUUGGUAUAUUAGCACAAGCAUCUCAAAUAAUUGAAGAGGGAGGUGCAUUAACAAGUGAAAUCGAGAAGAAGUUACAGCUAACCAUCCAAGUAUUCCCAAUGGUUUUACAAUGUUUCUCAGCAUCUUUCGUUAAUAUGAUAGGAGAUGAUGUAUACAUGGCUUUAUCAGAAGCAACAAUUAAACUUGCCUCUGGAUAUAGACCAGAAUAUGAGAAAUUCAAUAGCCAACUCCAAAAUACCGCUUUUAAUUUACUUGGAUUGAUGCUUGAAACUAAAACAGACGUAAUUCUUCAAUACAUUGUCCCGUGGUCCCUUUUACAAUUUGCUACAAGUUCUUCAACUACAACAGCACGCUUAGAAAGACUUCAUGAUAGAAUCAUUCAAUUAUUAAUCAAAUCUUUCAAGAAGGAUGAUCCAUACUACAUUCUUUUCAUUAAGCAUCUGAUACUUAGAGUUCCAGACCGUGCAAAUUUGAAGGUACGUGCAACAAUGUUAGUUUUUGAACUUAUCAAGAAUUCUGAUUGUGCGAAAGAACUUAUUGACUUCGUCAUGAAGGUUGCACAGUCAAAUAAGGUAUCUUCUAGAGUCUUUUCAUCACAGUUACUUGCAAUGUGCGUUGUUCAAUUAACUCAAUUGUUCCCAGAUAGCGAUUUGAGAGGCAACGUUCUAGAAGAAAUGCUUAAUAUCCUUAAAAAGCAUGUUAUUGAUAGAGCUCCAAGUGUUAGAGCUACCGCAUUGUCCGGAUUAUCAACAAUUAUUUCUAAUUUGAAGGAUCAUGAAGACAAAGGAUUGAUAUUAGAGAAUAUUGAUACUAAUAAAUUCAUGAUAAAGAUCCUUAAGGCACGAUCUGUUGAUGAAAAGCUAGUUGUCAGAAGAGCCUCUUUAGAAACAAUCAGAGAAAUCAUUUAUUCACGAGACACAGCUCCAGAUGACUCUUUGAUUGAUCUCAUUGAUGAAAGAGUUCGUGAUUGGAGUGUUUCUAUCCGUGUUUCAGCUGUCAAGACUCUUGGCGAUUUACUUGAUUCUUUUCCAAACAUCGAAAGACUUCAUCGUUUAUGGCUUGAUGCAAUUCUUCCAUUGAUUGAAGAUCCUGAACAAUCUGUUCAAAAGGAAGCAAUUGAUGCUAUCAGAAAUCAUUUGAUAAAACCAGUUUGCGCAGGAUCUCCAGAAUUAUUCACAAAGAUCAUGCAUAAACAAGACUACGAAUUCUUAGGAAGAGUUUUCUUAUACAUGCGCCUUCAUUCUAUAGAUUUAAGUCCUUUAUGCAAAGCACUCACAAAAUUCGUUGUCAACAGAGAGUAUGAUACAAAUAGGCCAUACUGGCGCAUGCUUGAGUCAUUAACACUAAUUGUUAAAUCAUCAUUUAACAAAGAUUUCUUUAAGAACCUUUGGUACAGAAGAGAUACACUUCCACCAGAAUAUUAUGGAACUCUUGCACACUUGGAAAUUUCAUCUGAUGAAAUCCAUACAGAUCUGAUUACAAUCAUCAACCAACUUGUCGAAGAAGGUGGAAGAUAUUUACUUUCUCACGAAGUCCUAAAGCUCUUUAAGGCUCAAGGUGCUGGUGAUGAUACAGAAUUAAUGAAUUUCAUUUCAAUUUGUAUGAACAAGAUUAAUGGAGUUGCUGAAGAUGAACAUGGCGAUUUCACAAAUAUCAAAGCAUUUUCGCAAACUGUUUAUAUUGUUGGCGAACUCAUUUCUUGUCUUAACGAUCCAAAGCGUACAAAUGAUAUAGAUUUUACUGGUUUGCAAUUGUUGAUGAGUGAAAAGCUUCCUAAUGGAAAUCCAAUACCAACACUAAUAAGAACAAUCACAGUUACAGCUCUUGGUAAACUUUGCCUUGCAAGAAAAGAUAUCUCAAAUGCUUUUGCAUCAGCAUUUGUUCAUCAAAUCAUGACAGAUACAGCAAGUGAAGUCAAAGCAAACUGUUUAAUUGUUUUAUGCGAUAUGUGCGUUGCUUAUUCUGCAAUUGUUGAACCGCAUGUUCAAUCAGUAACAAAUGCUAUUUCUGAUAGAUCACCAGCUGUGAGAAAGCAAGCAUUGAAUGUUUUAACACGACUUAUUGUAGAAGAUUUCCUCAAAAUGAGUCCACUUUUGUUCUUUAGAUUCUUAUACAGCAUCACAGAUGAUAAUCAAGAUGUUGCUCAUUUUGCGAGAAUCUGCCUUUUCCAUGUUAUUGUUCCUAAAUUCCCUAACUUACUGAAGCAAUACUUCAUUGAUACAUUGAUGUACUUCACUGAUUGUGAGAUUGCUUCUCUGAUCGAAAAUCCAGAGAUCAAGAAGAGAUUUAGAUUCAGAGGUGAUGAAAGGCGUUUGAAAGUUUAUAAGUUGUUAGUAACUCCUAUGAACGAAGUCGUUCUUUUUGAGUUAGUUAAAGACAUCUUCGGAAGGGUUAUUGAUAGAUUCAUUAAAUGUGAGUUUAAUCUCAAAGAACACAGCUUACUCUUGUCAGAUAGCUUCAAUGCUUUGUUGUUGAUGGAAGACAAAUUGCAUUCAUCUACAAAGACAGAAGCAAAUACAGAUGAAGGAUCAGAUAUGGAGAAAGUCAUUGAAGGUGCAAAGAAUGCAAUUAACUUAAUGCACAACACAAUGAUUAGUACAACGAUGCAAUCAUUGAAGAAGAUACAUCAAUUAGUUAGAGAAAAUAACUCUCCUCUACAGAAAAUUGUUAAGAAGUUCUACAGAGUUCUUUGUGAUAACGAUAAAGAAUUGUUGCAAGAUUUAGAGAGAUCUGAACCUAUCCUUGCCGCAGAAAUACGCGAAGAGAUGAGAAUAGAAGAGUCAGAGAAGGUUGAAGAUGAAGAAGAUAUAGAAAAGAAAGAGCCAGAGAAGCUUUCUUUGUUCAAUUCUCCUCUUCUCAAGAAGAUUCACAAUACUCCCAUUUCUCUUCUUUGCUCUCCUGCAAAAUCCAGUACAGAAGCUCUCCUUGUUACACCAAGGAAACAAAGACUUGUUAGAGAGUUCUCAACUCCUCAACACGGCGAUGAUGACUUUUCGGAUUAA